AUGCUAUAAGAAGCAUUCUCUUAUGAACUUUAAUCGCGCCUUUCCUAUGAUUCAUAGCUAUGCUUGGCGAUUGCAAUCAACCACAACAAUUAAUAAGUAAUUGCAAGCGAAUACACUUUUAUUAAACUUUUCCAAUUCAAAGAUGGUGUUUUGAGAUUAUUGAAGACUGUUAAAAACUCAGGUGAUAUCGUAACGCUUAAUUAUUUUAAGAAAAGAUCACACUUUAUUUCAGGUUCAUAUGAUUCCUAGCUGACUAUUUGGUCUACUAAUAUUUAAACUUCGAAAUAUUUAGUAAAAUUAUCUGGGUGCUCAGAUAACAUUAAUUGUCUAGUCAUUCACCCUAGCGAAGAUCUAAUAAUUUGUGGUUCUAAUUGUAUCCAAUUUUGGUCUUAGGAUUCUGAAUUCGCAUAGCACUAAUAAUGGGUUUAAUUUUAAAAUAUAGAAAAUCAAAUAGAUAGAUGUUUUGGAUUAUCAAUAAAUUAAAAUGGGAAUGAAUUAGUGUCAUGUGGAAGUAGUAAUUAAAUACUAGUAAUGAGGGGAUCAACCAAACAAUUAUGGAAAAUUAUUUAAGCAAUUAGUGUAGAAAAUUUAGGUUUUAGAUUGACUUACAUUUCCGAUCGAGUAUUCUCAUUUUAACCUGAAAAAUCAAAUUGUCUCGAAAUAUACUCUUUCAAUUCGCUUUUAGGACAAUAUGUUAAAUACAAUGAUAUACAAGUCAAAUUAAGUGAAGAUUAUUGUUAUGAGUUUUUUCCUUCUGUUUACAUUCCUUCUAAGAAAAUUAUACUCUCAAAAAAUGGUCGAAGCAUUCAUAUUAUCAAAGUGUUCACCUAAUCUGAGUAGUAAGAUGUGAUGUAGUUUAAAUUAUAGCAAAGCAUUUGUUUUGGUACUUCAAGUAUAUUUGGAACAAUGAGUGAUAACGGUGAAUAUUUAAUUACUUGGGAAUAUGAUAUUGGUUAAAUUUAAAUUAGAAAAUAUUUGGCGGCGUGA